AAUGAUUUUGCAUAACAAUCGACAUGGCCGGCAGAGAUCGCAAUGGUGUUGUGGUGGUGGAGGACGACGACGAUGAUGGGGAUGGCAUUGUCCAGCACCACCGGCAGCCACAGCAGCAUCAACAGCCACAGCAGCAGCAGCAGCAGCAGCAGCAGCAGCAGAAAGGCGGAAAUGGGAAGCCAGUGAGUGCAAACACGGCGGCCGAAACAAAGGCAGCGGCCAUCGCGCUCCUCAAGACGCUCAGACCAACGGUGGGAAGCACAGCCAGCAUCCCCGACACGAUUUCCGCGGUCCCGCAGCUGCCGCUCGCUGUGCCACUGCUUCCACCACCGCCUGCGGACCUGAGCGACCAGCAGGCUAAGUGAAGCCAAAACACGACUUCUACCUGGAUGGUUCAUCUGUAUGAACACGCUGCCUGCAACUGCAUCAAUUGCACCUGCAACAAUUGCAACUGCAUCAACCCAAACAACUGCAACCACUGCAGCCACGGCGCGGCCCUUCCCCUUGUUCCAAGUGCACCCAUUGAGGACAGAGACGACUGCCUUGAUCGUUAUCUGAGUGUGCCGGCUUGAGGCUGCGUGAGAACCUUGCUUGGUGGCAGUCGUCAUUCAACGCGACCACCAGCUUGUGACCGCGUGCAUCGACAGCGCCUUUCAGCUGCGCACAUCAGCGCCAACAGCACAACGCUUACUCAAGGAUGCAGGCUGUCAGGAAUCCGUGGCCAUGGAUCCUUGGCCGUGCUUUGCACGCACCCCCCCCCCGACUGCGACUGCACAAUCGCUACCGUGUAGGGGUU